UGUUCGGACGUUCGGCUAGUGAACAUGGGUGCUAUUUGGUUUGUUUUCCUGUGUUUUGUUGGCGCUAUCACGUGCUACAAAUCUGAACAAGCUCUUCAAUGCCGAGAGGACGAAGUGGCGAAAUGUGUGCACGACUGCCCUCCAGAAAGAACUUGCCGUAAUCGACUCAUACAAUUCCAAUGUGCAAAUCCUGAAGGCCCAUGCAAGACCAAAUGCGUUUGCAAACCGGGGCUGUACAGGAACUCUAAUGGGGAGUGUAUUACGGAACAAAGAUGUGAACAAUGCGACAAACCAAACGAGUACUACGCAUGCGGUGGUGCGUGUGACAAUGUAUGUUCCACACUGCAAUACCAGAACCAGACCAACUGUCCUAUCAAGAACAUCAAGUGCAACGAGUGGUGCUACUGUGACCCAGGAUAUGCGAGAGACGAAGAUAGCAACUGUAUUCCCAUCUCUGAAUGCCCUCCACAAUGCACAGAGCCCAAUGAGGAAUUCGCACCAUGCAAGCGAACUUGCCCUCCAGAAACAUGUCUGGCCCUCGUAGCUCUGUUCAAUUGCGUCACCGACGAGUCUUGCGAACCCCGGUGCGUUUGCAAGCCAGGGUAUCUCCGAUUGAAGCCAGGAUCUCCAUGCAUGCCAUCGAAGCAGUGCUCUGAGGCUGCCAAUGCGCACGACGACGAUUGAAAUAAACUAGUAUGUGUUUCAUUGCUUAUUUACUAUAACCACUGACCACAUAUAAUAACUAACUACAUACAUACUACAAACGUGUAUAAAAAAACUUUUUCACCUCACUAAUAUAACAUCAUUGUC